AUGUGGGUUAGAUGGGUCAAUGCAAUCUACAUUAAGACUGCAGGUUGGUGGAAUUAUCAGCCAAAAGCUGAUAGUGGUUGGUACUGGAGAAAGAUUUGUAGUGUGAAGGAGAAACUAAAGAGUUUGUUUAGUGAGGCUGAGUUGGAUCAAAUGCCUAAAUACUCUAUCCAGAAGGUAUACCAGAAGUUGGUUCAACAGCAUGAGAAGGUCCCUUGGGGAUCUGCAGUGUGGAAUAGAGCCUCUAUUCCCAAGACUAGAGUGAUUUGCUGGCUGAUGGUCCAAGGGAGACUGCAAACAAGAGAAAGGCUACAUAAGAUUGGGGUCUGUAACACUACUACAUGCUUGCUUUGUGAGGCAAAAGAUGAAACUCGCCCACACCUUUUCUUUGACUGUGAAUACAGUAGAAGAUGUCUACAGGGGGUUGAGGAAUGGCUAGAUAUCCCUACUAGCAAAGUACAUUAUAUGGGCCUGCUGAGGUGGGUUAAAUGGAAGAGCCAGUGCAGCAAAUUUCAAAAGACAGCAAUACACACUGCUGUCAAUGCUACUGUGUAUAAUCUAUGGAGAGCAAGAAAUGAUGCUCUUUGGAAUCAGAAGGUUCCUACUCCUUCAACUACUAUCAGAUGCAUUCAGAGGAGUGUGAUUGACAGAUUAGCUCAUAUAGGUGCUAAGCAAUCUAGCACAAAUGACCAGAUUUGGUGGAAGAGCAAAUGCACUGUUUAG